UCAUAGGGCCCUGAGUCCACUGGCUUUUACACACUAGGUGCACUUGAGUCAAACUAGACAAGAGCUCUGCUACAGUUUCUGUUAAACCACAGGACAGACGCAGAAAAGGAGGGAAAACUCAGAUUUUUACUUUAUUUCUCAAACACAACAAAAAAGGAUUAAAAUUUAGGUUUUGAAGAUUUUGACUUAACACUUACCCCCCGUUCCCCUUCUGAAUCACAGCAGAGGAUGGCGGAGCUGAAGAGGCAGGUGUCUCUGACCCAGGCUGUGACCCUGGCGCUGGUUCUGCUCACUUCAGCCGCUUCGGCAGAGGAGUAUGACUAUUACAGCUGGCAGUCGGACAAUUUCCACAACGGCCGCUUCUAUGCCAAGCAGCCGCAAUGUGUGGAUAUCCCAGCCGACCUGCGGCUCUGCUACAACGUGGGCUACAAAAAGAUGCGCCUGCCAAACCUAUUGGACCACGAGACCAUGCCUGAGGUCAAGCAGCAGGCGGGCAGCUGGGUGCCGCUUCUGGCAAAGCGAUGCCACGCUGACACGCAGGUGUUCCUCUGCUCACUGUUUGCUCCGGUGUGCCUGGACCGGCCCAUCUACCCCUGCAGGUCUCUGUGUGAAGCAGUGCGGGACAGCUGCGCCCCGGUCAUGGAGACCUACGGCUUUCCCUGGCCGGAGAUGCUACAGUGUGAGAAGUUCCCCAUCGACAAUGAUCUAUGCAUUCCUAUGCAGUUCUCUGCUGGACACGCCACACAGACUCCAGUUUCCAAAGUGUGUCCACCCUGUGACAACGAGUUGAAAGCCGACACCAUAAUGGAGCACUACUGCGCCAGUGAUUUUGCACUCAAGAUGAAAAUUAAAGAGGCGAAAAAGGAAAAAGGCGACCGCAAGCUUAUCGCAGCGCAAAAGAAGAAGAAGGUUCUGAAGAUGGGAAUACUGAGAAAGAAAGACCUCAAGAAGCUCACUCUAUACAUCAAGAACGGAGCCAACUGCCCCUGCUCACAACUGGACAACCUUGGGAGCAACUUCCUCAUCAUGGGCCGCAAAGUAGACCAACAGCUACUGCUCAUGUCCAUCCACAAAUGGGACAAAAAGAGCAAGGAACUCAAGUUCGCCAUUAAAUACAUCAAGUCUCAGCAGUGUCCCACCUAUCACAGUGUCUUCCAGUGACCAAUGACUCUUUGGUGGUCCUCCAAUAACUCUUUCAGAGACUGUAUCCAUGCCUAAUUCCGACCAUUAGUACAGAUGUAUUUUAUUACUCAAGAAAUGGCUUUUGGAAACUGCUUAGGACUUAAUCCAUCAUCAAGUACAGCUACGUUCUGUUGGCAACUGUAUCUGCACAAAAAGUUAUUGUUUAUGAAGCAAUCAGCACACUUACGAUACUCAUGCAUAUAUUUUAGGAAAACUUUCCUGGUUCAGAGUACAGGCUUUUUUUCGGAAAGACACUGACAACCCUUUCAAUCAACUUGAGAAAGAAAAUUGUGAACAAAAGCUUUAAAGUUAAUGAGCACAUAUUUGAUUUCAGUGGCCAGAUUCCAUUUAAACGAGUGAAAAAGAGCAAACAUGGUGCCAACUGGUUAUUAUUUGUAUCUUCUAUUUUGUAGAUAAGGAAUAAAAAGUUUUUAUUAUAUA